AUGCAGGAGAUUACGGGGAGUGUGAAGAAAGAUUCCAUACCCUUCUUCUUCCAACUCUACGUCAACAAAGACCGGAAAGCAUCUGAAGCUCUCCUCAAAGAUGCGGAAAAGAACGGGAUUAAGGGCGUGUGGUUUACCAUUGAUGGACCUGUGCAGGGGAAACGAGAAGGGGACGAGCGCGUAAAAGUCGAAUCCGCGACCUUCGCCAAAGCCGCCAUCAGCGGCGCGGCCGCCACAAACGACAAGAAAGGCGGUGGUCUCGGCCGCACCAUGGGCACAUACAUAGACGACACGUUUAACUGGGAUGAUAUUGCCUGGCUGCGGAAAGCAACUAAACUACCCAUAGUAGCGAAAGGAGUGCAGACAGUUGAGGACGCGGUACUAGCUGUCAAAUACGGGUUGGAUGGUAUCGUAAUAACGAACCAUGGAGGGAGAAAUCUGGAUACUUCCCCGCCCUCCCUCCUAAUCCUCCUCGAAAUCCGACGCCACGCCCCCGAAGUCUUCUCCAGCCUAGAAGUCUACCUCGAUUGCGGUGUCCGGCGCGGAACCGACAUAGUGAAAGCGCUGUGUCUAGGGGCCAAAGCUGUUGGAAUGGGUCGGCCUUUUUUGUAUUCGCUGACGUAUGGGCAAGAAGGUGUGGAGCACUUUAUUGACAUCAUGAAAGAUGAGUUGGAAACGACGAUGAGAUUGUUGGGUAUAACGUCGUUGGAGCAGUGCCAUCCGCGGUAUCUCAACUUAGGGGAUGUGGAACAUUUGAUACCGAAGGAUUUGGAUGGGGGACUGCCGGAGAUACCAGGAAAGGGGGUGAAGGCGAGGUUGUAA